GCAUGGUCAUCGGAGAUGGACAAAUUCCUCAUCCAGGGGUCCCUCAAGGCCACGGCCGGAAAGACUAAAAGGACACCCCUUGGACCAAAGGCGGGGGAUGCAGCCCUUGCGGAGGAGGAGGAAGAGGAAGGGGGACCGGAGGACAAGCGGCCCAAGUUGUGGGCAUCCCCUCAAAACAAUGAGACCCCCUCCACAGGGAACCCUUGGAAAAAGAUCCGGGCAGAGGGACUCAGCUGCGACUACAAGGUCCUCUUUAGCAGAGACGAAGCCGACAGGAUCUUCCGCGAACUCGAAAAGGAAAUAGUCUAUUUUGAAGGGGACCUCACCAAACUCCAUGUCUUCGGCAAGUGGCACAACAUCCCCAGGAAGCAAGUGACCUAUGGGGACGAUGGGUUGACCUACACUUACUCGGGGGUCACCUUUUCCCCCAGGCCCUGGAUUCCAGUUCUGGAUCGUAUCAGGGACCGCGUCCGGAUGGCCACGGGGCACAGUUUCAAUUUCGUCCUGAUAAACAGGUAA